UAAGGAAUAUGUGUGUUCGGAUCUGAUAUACUAAGCAGUACAACUGACACAAUGAGGUCACAGAUAGCACUAGUGUUGACUUUCGCAGCUACUAUACAGGCAACAACAGUAAAUCCACUAGCCAACAAAACUGUUUGUUAUGACUACGUCGGUUGUUUCAACAACCUCCCUCCAUUUGAUAACGCUGCCUUUGACUUGCCGCAGUUUCCAGAUGACAUAGGGACGAAGUUCUUGUUGUUUACACGUAGAAAUCCACACCUUCCAGAUACUCUGGAAUAUGUCUCCCAAACAUCGGUCGUCAAUUCUCAUUAUCAAAGUGAUCUGCCAACAAAGCUCAUUAUCCAUGGAUUUUCCAAUAAUGUUCAAACGGAAUGGUUACACACAAUGAAAGACGCUUUCUUGAAGCAGGGGGAUUACAAUGUCAUCAUUGUGGCUUGGGGGAAGGGGGCUGUCGGGCCCGAUUAUAACCAGGCCGUCUCCAACACAAGACUGGUGGGAACUCAAACGCGGCUCAUCAUUCAGAAACUGGUUCAGGCGGGAGGUAGUCUAACAGAUGUCCACAUCAUAGGUCACAGCCUAGGUGCCCACACUGCAGGCUUGGCAGGCAGACAACUACAUGGCAAAGUCGCCAGAGUCACUGGCCUUGAUCCAGCUAGGCCAAGGUUUGAAAAUCAUCCACCUGAGGUCAGAAUAGACCCAACUGAUGCUCUGUUUGUCGACGUCAUUCACACAAACGGAGAACCUAUAAACCAGGGAGGGGCGGGGCUAAUGCAAGUGUCAGGUCACGUAGAUUUUUACGUGAAUGGAGGACAGUCACAACCAGGAUGUCCAAACGUGGUGUCGGGAACCUUUGAACAGCUGUUUGAUCGCAAUCUGUCUGGAGCUGUAAUAGCAGCAUCUUGUAGCCAUGGAAGAGCUCACGAGUAUUUCACGGAAUCCAUUCAGACGAACUGUCCAUUUACAACAUACCCAUGUGACAGCUACGAAAAGUUCAGUGCAGGGGGGUGUAAAACAUGCGGCACACGUGGAUGCUCUCAGCUUGGUCUAAACGCAGAUAAAAAUACAGGGCGCGGGAAAAUGUUCCUCAACACGCAAAUCAAAACCACCAAACCAUUCUGUGGCUACCAUUACGUUGUCACAACUGUAUUUGGAUUAGAGGAUUCUAUCGGUCAAUUGUUUCUAACAAUUCAUGACUCUGUUGGACAAGCACAGCAAAUUGCCAUUACUGAUUCAGAAGUACACUUGAGAGCUGGAAUGAAUCAUACCCAGAUUGUAGUUUUGGCCACCAGAUUUCCAGACAUUGCAUCUAUAGAUCUUCUGUAUAAAAAGAAGAACGGCUUUUUGUUCGGUUGGGGGGGAGGAAAGAACCAACUGACAUUGACGUCAGUGUCCAUAGAGGAAAUUCGCACUGGGAAUAAAUACAAUUUCUAUAUGAGAGGAACCAGCCUUCCAGACGGGGUAACUGUCAGUACCACUCAAAGAUCCGCCACUUCCAAUGUUAACUAUGAUUUAGUGCGUUCCUUAUCUCUGCUAGCGGCGUCAAACAUGGCUAUGUCAUGGAUAAUUUUCCUUGCUGGGCUGUGUUUAGAGAUUUGUGGUGGAGAAGAUUCCGCUGUCACCACUCUUACCCCUGGGACUCCGACUCCUCCCACACCCGGAAACACAACCACCCCCAAGCCAAACCCAUACGCCAAUAAGACUAUAUGUUACGCAUACGUCGGCUGCUUCGAUAAUUUUCCACCCUUCGAUAAUGCUAAUCUUGAUUUACCUCGGUCUCCAGAAGAAAUUGGGACCGAAUUUGUAUUAUAUACCAGAAGGAACUGGAAUAGCUCACACCAUCUAAAUUAUACAUCGCUAACUUCCAUAAGAAAUUCCUUCUACAAGAGCACCGCUAAAACGAAAUUUAUCAUUCAUGGAUUUACCAACACGAUCAAGUCCACAUGGUUGCACAAAAUGAAAGACGCUUUUCUGAAGAGGGGUGAUUUUAAUGUUGUCAUUGUGGCAUGGGGCAAUGGCGCCACAGCACCUAACUACAACCAGGCUGUUUCUAAUACCCGAAUGGUUGGGACUCAGCUUCGUCUUAUUAUUGACAUGUUAGUCAGAGCGGGGGGUAAAGUCAGCGACAUGCAUCUGAUCGGUCACAGCCUUGGUGCUCACACUGCAGGUUACACAGGUCGACUUCUGCAUGGCAGAUUAAACAGAAUCACAGGCAUGGAUCCAGCAGAGCCCGACUUCGAACAUCUCUCCGCGGGAAUUCGUUUGGAUCCCGCCGAUGCAGUCUUUGUUGACGUCAUUCAUACAAACGGUGCUCCAUUUAGUAGUCUUGGUUAUGGUCUCAUGCAAGCUUCUGGUCACGUGGAUUUCUAUGUCAAUGGAGGAGAAAAACAACCUGGAUGUCCUAAUCAAAUAAGCGGGCUAUUAGGAAGUCUUUUUACUUUUAAUACCACAGCCAUGGGAGAGGCGGUCGCUUGUAGCCACGGAAGAGCUCACGUGUAUUUCACGGAGUCUAUUCUAACGGAUUGUCCAUUUACAGCAUAUCCGUGUGAUAACUUCGAAAAUUUUACUCGCGGGGAAUGUAUGACCUGUGGCACGAGAGGUUGCUCUCAAAUGGGUUACUAUGCCGACCAGUACUCAGCUAGAGGAAAAAUGUACCUCAGCACUGUAGUGAGAGAGAGGGAACCGUUCUGUGGUUUUCACUAUGUGAUAAAAUAUGACCUGGGGACAACCGACAGUUAUGGCACUCUGUUUUUCAACCUAAAAGGAGCGUUUGGAAACACACAUCCGAUUGCUGUGAAUGAAAAAGACACUCAUCUAAAAACAAGUGGAGUGGUCACAAAAGUUGUAGCUGUUCCCACCGAGGUUGGAGAGGUCACGUCAGUAGAUGUUCUAUACAGGAAAAAGAAAGGCUUCUUAUGGGGUUUUGGAGGGGGACAAGAUAACAUUGAGGUCAUCUCGGUGUCCGUCACGUCAGGAGAAUUAGGGGACAGUUCCUCCUUUUGUUUACGUAAAUCGGUGGAUGAUGGAGUCCGGGUGACAAUUCCAAGACAACAAGGCACUGUGUGCUAACUGUACAGACUACAUCCAUCAAGUGUGUGUAUGUGCAGCUACAGAAAAUAAACCCGAAAGUUCA